UCCUAAAUCAUGAACCUUAAUACCCAAAAUCCUAACCUUAAAACAAACCUAAAACAUGAAACCCUCUAAAUCCUACCAUUUAACCGCCAUAAUGUGGGCGCUCCAUUUCCUUCCCUAGCCACCACAUAUUGUCACUUUCCAUUGCUCAAUUGCACAAAGAAAGGGGAAAAAAUUGAUGGUCUCGGAUCCAAAUACGUACUCAAAGGUUUCAACUUUCAACCCAAUACAAUAGUGAAAACAAUUGGGCCAAAGUGCUCAUUGGGUCGAGCUCGAGCCAUUGCCAUUUUGGCUUUUGCUUUUGAUAGAAAAAUCGGGAAAUCGUAAAGAGUAAACCACGUGCAGAGCUAUGCAAAAAUACUUACCACGCCUGCGCGGGCAGCCAAAGGGUUUUGGCAACUUUCUGUACACAGGUUUGUUAGCUCUCGCUGCCGACUUCAGUCCACUGCUCAACAAUGGUGCUAGGGUUCUAGAGGAGCCCGGUUCUUCUUUCGUGCAGUCCAGUUCUGCCUCUAUCCUUCUUUCCUCCUGCGAUUGCUCGUCCUAGUUUUAAGCUCCAAAUGGAGGAUUUCCCCGGCGGCGACGACGACUUCGGCGACCUAUAUGCAGAUGUUGAACUUCAGGCAGCUUCCGCCAUUAAUUCCAGGACUAGCUCCGCCAAAUUCCACUUCCCGUUGGAGCAACAGACUGUGAUCCAGGUAGAUGGUACGGUCAGUAACAGCAAAGCUGGCAACGCGAGACUCAUUUCAGAAGGGGGAAACGUCUCUUCCUGUCCCAAUCCGCUGAAAUUGCAAAAUGACUGGGGAACUGUACCGUUGCGUUCAUUUCAAUCAACGAGAAUGGAUCUAGAGCACAGCGAGUUCUUGCAAGGCAAUGUGGCAAAUGUUAACCAAGUGUCUAAUGUUUAUGCUGCUGCCAAUUCAGUUGUAUCCCAUGGUGGAUAUGGUUUCUCACUUCCACUGUAUAGGACCAUUUAUGAUGUAAAUACUGACACGUUUGGAGGGAAAAGAUGGGGGUAUCAGGGAGCUAAUAUGUCUGUUUUACCCAAAUUUGGUAUCAAUGAAGACUGUUGGAGACAAUACUGUAUGAGUGUGCCAAAAGGUCGAGCAAUUGAGGUGGAAGAUAGUGGUGGUGAACGUUUUCCCACCAUGAAUCAGAAGUAUCCAGACAAUUGGGAUUCUGAUGUGGUUAUUCAGAUCAAGGUGCAGGAAUUUGAUGAAAAUUCAAGUGCAUUUAGCAAGGGGGACUUAAGCAGUAAAAGUAGCGGUGUUAAAGGGUUAAAAACCUGCAAGAGAAGUGCUGAUGUUGUGGCGGAAGCCUGCCAUUCUUGUGGGGCUAGUGGAGAUCGAGUGUCUUUGGGAUCUCCAUCUCCAGAAGGAACUAGGUCGUCCAAGUCAUUGUUGGAAAUGAGUGAAUCGUCUCAGCAUCUUGAUAACAGUGAGAGAGACCAUAUCCCUGAUUCCGAUGAGCAUCACCCUCGCAGAACUCGAGCUAGAACUUCAGAUCUUGCUGAAGCCGUUGAAAGUGAGAGAGAUUCAAAGGAUGAGUCUGGAAGGAGGUCGAGUCAGUCAGAUCGGCAUCAGAGUGAUAGUGACUCACUGAUCGAUGAUAGAAGUCACUUUAGCUUGGCUCUAUCUUGCUCUGAAAGUGAUUCUGAAGAUAGUUGUCAUGGUGUAUCUAGGUGUUCAUCUUUGGGAACCGAGUUACAUGAUACCGUUUCAUCUGGCCACUGUAAAAGUAAUGGCACAGGACAAACAGAUAGUGACCGAAGACACAUUACAGAUGGCAGCCUCUUAAAUGGGAGACGGAGGAGUGAAAACAGAAGAGACCAAAGAGUAAAAAAUGAGCGUGAUUUAGACUUCCCCAAAAGGAGUGAUCCCUCUUACUCCAGAUUCAGAGAAACUUUUCCUGGAGAUGGCGGUCAAAGGUGGGGUACUGGCUAUGCUGAAGCUGAUUAUAGAGAAUAUCCUCAGAGUAAGCGCCAUCGGAGUCUUGAAGGUGAGGCUUAUAUCCGGGACAGAGCAAAUUGUAAUCAAAGUGCACAUCGUCAGGAUAGAAGGAUAAGUGAGAUAUUACAACCGAAACAUAGGUAUGGCUCAUUGUAUGAGGAAUAUGGAAGGUGCAGUCCAUUUUCAGGGAGGGAAAUCAAUGUAUGUGAAAGAGGGCUUAGACAUGGUGACAAGGCUAGACUGGAUUCGGAUCGUCUAUGGAAUGAAGAAAAAAUGGAAAGAGAUUAUUGGAAUGACUAUCACCAGGAUGGGAACAACGGGAAUCAAGACGCAAGCUUCAGGUCCCACACAAGAUCUUAUGCAACCAAUCACAGUAGAUGGCAAAAUGGUAAUAUUUUUAAAAGGUAUGAUCCUUAUGAGGCAAGGGUGAUGGAGACUUAUUCUAGGCCGAGGAAGGAACUAUAUGAUUCUGGUACCUAUGGUGGUAUCUUUGGCAGUGAAGAGAAUUUGGACAGUGGUUUUGAUGAUCAACAUGAACUUGCAGAAUCGAAAUAUGUUUGGAGAUCGAGACUUCAUAAAGGAGAGGAAUCUAAGUCAAGGCAGGGAGGUGUUCAAUCCUACCUUGAUAGGUUUUCUUGUUAUGGAAAAGCUCUCAGACAUGAAAAUAUAACUGGGUAUGAGAUAUUAAGAGAAAGACAUUCAGACAACUUAGUCGAAAGCAAUCUCACAUAUAAAUGUGAGCGUGAGAAGAUGGUUGGGAUGUACUUUAAUGGUCCAGUUGGCUUGGUUUCCCAGAAAGAGAAGCUAUCUGGCAAACAGCCUACCACAGGGAGGCAAAUUCCCAAAAGUAACCCAAAGAAGAAAAACCAGAAACGUUUGAAUGCAUCUCUUUCUGGAAAAGCAAACAUAAGGCAAGAGAAGCCACAAACUCAAGGCAACAAUGAUGUUAUGAAACGGCUUGGGGCUACGUUCCAAGGAAAGGUGCAGAAGAACGAGUCAGAUAUCGAAGAGGGCGAGAUUAUAACCGGAGAACCCAAUGCGAAGAACGUUAAAGCACCUCAAAGCGAGAAGGCUGGUUCUUGUAAUACCGUGACUACCAAGGCAGUGUACGAUGAACAAUGGAUACUCGAGAGGUUGGCCAAGAUGGAGAAACGAAGGGAGCGUUUCAAGGUGCCUGUCUUAUUUCCGGAGAAGGUAAGUACUACCGAUCUUAAUCCGCCUUCUUGUUCUCAACCUCAGGUUGUUCCGUCGGUUAGUACAGGCCAGACUAAGCUCGAACGACCAGCCAGAAAGAGGCGCUGGGCCGGGAUUUAAGUCUUCAGUUGGCCAAGCAUUAUUUCAUUGUUGUAUGGUCCUCUGAAAGGGGAACAGUUUUGUCACAAAGAAACAUACAGUUUUACGUGCAGGAAGUUCGCAUGCUAAAAUUUCUGUUCUUCGUUUCCCGGAAUAUGACUACUUGACUAGCUAGUUUGAUCAUUUGAUCGUUUCUCUGUGACUAAAUAAAGUUUCGAGAAAUGA